AUGCCAGUUUUCUCAAUGUCAUGCUUUAAAUUACCGGCGAAUGUAACAGAUGAAAUCAGCAACUUGUUAAUGCGCUUUUGGUGGGAUAAAGGAGAUAGAAACAAAGGAAUCCCUUGGGUGGCUUGGAAGAGACUACAGUUUUCUAAGAAAGAUGGAGGUUUGGGAUUUAGGGACCUCCCACGUUUUAACGAUGCCCUUUUAGCUAAACAAGCAUGGAGACUACUAAAGCAUCCAGAUACUCCGUUUGCAAGAUUGAUGAAAGCACGUUAUUACAAAGACACGUCAAUAUUGGAAGCAAAACAUCGAAUAAAUGAAUCGUAUGGUUGGAGCUCAAUAGUUACAGGUUUGACCCUGUUGAAAAAAGGAAUGAAACACAUCGUUGGAGAUGGUGAAUCUACAAACGUUUUUGAGGAUCUUUGGUUACCGGUUCAUCCUCCAAGGAGAGUGACUCGUAACGAAGGACAGGAAGAUUUUCUAGUGAAGGAAUUGAUCAUUGACAGCGGCUGUUCAAGAAAAUGGAACCUGCCUGUGUUGGAAGCUAUACUCAAUGCAGAAGAUCGGAAUUUGGUUCAGAAAUUAUAUUUACCACAAAGGAAGAAGCAAGAUCGUCAAGUUUGGUGUUAUGAUAAAUCGGGUGACUACACAGUUAAGAGUGGGUACUGGUUGGCUUUUAGGGAACAUCUCCACGACCACCCUGAGAUUACCAUUCCCCAUGGAGAUCCGGUCCUUAAAGAUCAAAUUUGGAGAUUGCAGAUUAUGCCAAAAAUAAAACAUUUUUUCUGGAGAGCUUUGUCUAAAGCUUUACCGACUGCAACUAGAUUAGUUACUCGUGGAAUGAAAAUUGACAAGGGGUCUAUCAGAUUACCAGAAACUCCUCCCAUUUUGGCUUGCUUGGCGGAUAUGGAAAUCGAGAUGCAACCUAAUUUUCAAGAAACAAGGUCUUCUAGAUUCACUAGUCCAACUGGAAGUACAGAUCUUGCCCUUCCGACUUCAUCGAGGAAACUACCAUGGCAGAGGCCUACACUUGGUUACUUCAAAUGUAAUUUUGAUGCAAGUUACGAUUUGCACUCACAACAAUCGAUGGCGGGAUGGAUUAUUCGUGAUCACAAUGGAGUAGCGUUCUCAUGGGGCACAACUAACUUGGGGGUUUCGAAUUCGCCACUGGAAGCGGAAGCAAAGGCGUUAUUGAUAGCUAUGCAGCAAACUUGGAGCCUGGGUUUAGAUUAUGUAGUUUUUGAGGGAGAUUGUAAAUUGCUCAUAGAUAGCUUACAAGGAAAUCCCAUAGACUUUAACAUAGAAAAUAUUUGUUGGGACAUUGAUAAAUGGCGCAGAGAUUUUAAGGAGUGUGUUUUCCUUUACACUAGGAGGGAAAAUAAUAUGGUCGCCCAUAGUUUAGCUUCCACGGUGCCUCCCAAUGACAUGUUUUAUUCCUCUAGUAGCAGUAGUAUUGUGAGCAGGAUUUACGUUGUGGGAUAUGACAUUUGGCUUUCUGCGUAUGAGUUAUCUAUCUCUUUGAGAAAACAUUUCGCUUCAUGUGGAGAGGUGCUACAUGUUCAUAUUCCCGGAUACAGUGAAUGCUCUAGUAUCCCCACCGGCCUCAGCAGAUUUGCCUUGAUUUAUCUUCGUGGAGAAGGGGCAGAAGACAAGGCGUUGAAACUUAGUGGUCGAAGGUUGAAACUUAUUGUGGAAGUUACAGCAGCGUAG